AACUCGCAUCAAAUUGCUUCUUCAUUUCACCCAACUGGAGUUGGGUUUCCUUCAAUUUUGUGAAUUUCAAAAUCAUGGAUUCACCUUUCUCUGAAUAUCCCAAUUUCAACGAUCAAACCCUUUUACUCGAUAUGUUGAACGAGUACCCAAGUGUUGACCUUUUUGAUGAUCUUAGCUUUUUGGACCCAAACCCCAUGAACUCUGCUCUGUCUUCGAGCUUUAGCCCUGUAGGAGAUGAUGGUGAGUUUUCUAACACUGUGCACAUAAAUCGGGUGCUUAUGGAGGAGGACAUGGAGCCAACACCAUGUCUGUUCCCUGAUCCUUUGGUUCUUCAACCCACUGAGGAGUCUCUUUAUGAGAUUACUGGAGCAGGGAAGUGCUCAACUUCCCUAGACCAAAACCCUCUUUGGGUUGAUCAAAAUGAGUAUGGAAAUGGAAAUGGGAUGGUGGGUUCUUACAGGAGUGAGCUUAUGGUUCCUGAUGAGGUUAGUACGAAGGAAUUGUUAGUGCAAUUUGACCGAGGGGCAGAGGACGGUAGUAAGUUUCUUCCUAGAGGUCAGUUGAUUACAGCGGAGGGCAACAAGCCGUAUACUGUGGCGAAUAGCAAGGCAGGAAAUGUGGUUGUUAGGACCCAGAAGAAUGGAAGUGAGCAUGUCCGUGUUGGUUCAAGAGGAAAGAAUAGUCAUCUGAGGGAGGAGAUAGAGUUGGAGGAUGGGAGGAAUAACAAGCAAUCUGUGGUUUAUGUGGAUGAUGAGGAGGGUGAGCUGUCUGAUAGUAUCGGCAAGGCGUUGCUCAGCGGUAAGGCUGUUGAAAGUAAAGAGGAUCAAGUCUGUCAGAAUGGAGCUAACAAUGGCCUGCAGCAGGAUGUGCUAGUCAGUCAGAAGGCUUGUGGCAUGAAACGAGGCAACAAGAAGGAAGUGAUAGAUUUGAGGCGUCUUCUGAUUUCAUGUGCAGAAGCUGUUGCUGUUGAUGAUCGAGGGACUGCUAGUGAGCUACUAAAGCAAAUUAGGCAGCACUCUUCCCCAUUUGGUGAUUAUACUCAGAGGUUGUCUCAUUGCUUUGCAAAUGCUCUUGAAGCGCGGUUGGCUGGCACUGGAAGUGAACUAUAUACUACUUUGGCUACUAAACGAGCAUCAGCUGCAGCUAUUUCGAAGUUUUACCGAGCUCAUAUUGCAGUCUGCCCGUUCAUGAAGAUGUGGAUGAUCUUUGCAAACCAAAUGAUUAUAAAAGCUGCUGAGAAAGCUGAAACACUUCAUAUAAUAGAUUUUGGUAUCCGGCAAGGUUUUCAAUGGCCAGCUCUCAUUCAUUGCCUCUCAAGAAGACCUGGUGGACCUCCCAAAUUACGCAUUACAGGGUUAGAGCUUACCUUGAGUGGUUGUCAUCCAGAAGAAACUGUCCAAGAGACAGGGCAUCGCUUGGCAAAUUAUUGUAAGCGAUUUAAUGUCCCUUUUGAGUACCAUGCCAUAGCCAAGAAGUGGGAAACUGUCCAACUUGAUGAAUUUAAAGUUCAAAGAAAUGAGGUGCUUGCUGUUAAUUGUCUCUGUCGAUUUAAGUACCUCCUUGAUGAGACAGUUAUGGUAAACAGUCCGAGGGAUACUGUUUUAAAUAUAAUUAGAAAGUUGAAUCCUGAUAUUUUUGUCCAAAGUGUUAUUAAUGGAUCCCAUGAUGCACCCUUCUUUGUUCCACGCUUCCGAGAGGCACUAUACCACUUCUCUGCAUUGUUUGAUGUGUUGGAUACUACUUUGCCUCGCGAAGAUCAGGUGAGAUUGGGGUUCGAAAAAGAGUUUAUUGGACGUGAAGUUCUGAAUAUAGUUGCUUGUGAGGGCAUUAAAAGAAUUGCGAGGCCUGAAACAUAUAAGCAGUGGCAGAUUCGAAACAUGAGGGCUGGUUUCAGACUGCUGCCAUUGGACUAUGAAGUUGUGAACAAAAUAAAGGAUAAGGUAAAAAUGGAGUACCACCCGAAUUUUGUGGUUAAUGAAGAUGGCCACUGGAUGCUGCAUGGUUGGAAGGGUAGAAUGAUGUUUGGUUCUGCCUGUUGGGCGCCAAGUACGACUUGAAAUGCUUGACUGUUAGAAUUUAUUAAAGACGUAGAUGGAAGGGAUCCUAAGUAAUUAGGAUUUGUAUUCUUGUUAUUCUGUUACUGCCUUUUCAUAUUAGGGUAAAUCUUAUCUUACCUUGUUUAGCACUAGAACACCUAGAAUUGUGGAUCUAUAGCAUAUCUAGAUGUGUAUAUAUUGUAACAGUCUGCUGAGAAAAUAAACAAGAAAACAAUUCUUCAUACCA